UCCCGCCCACCAUCCAGGACGCCCACAGCAGCCAGGACGUCGAGGUGAAGGAGGGGGAGGAGGCCAGGCUGUCGUGCGGAGCCACGGGUACGCCCACGCCCACCAUUCUGUGGCGCCGAGAGGACGCCCGCCUCAUCAGACUGCCCGGAGGCCCAGAGCCGAUGUGGCGAGGCAGCACCCUGGCAGUGAAGCACGCGAGACGGGAGGACGCCGGGGCCUACUUGUGCAUCGCUAACAACGGCGUCCCUCCCUCGGUCAGCAAGAGGGUCCGGCUCAACGUGCGCUUCGAGCCCGUGGUGCGUGCGGGCGUGCCGAGUGUGUCGACUCUCCUAGGCGGCUCCGUUAACAUCUCUUGCUUCGUGGACGCGUGGCCGACGCCGACGCUGCACUGGGUGCGCGACAACGGGGACUCCGUGACCAGCCAGCCCUACGUGUACCAUCUGCAUGAUCGUGCAGAAAUACGUCACAAGUGUCACGCGGAUCAACGACACGCAGCACGUCAUGAGCCUGGGCAUCAACGACAUGCAGACGCAAGACCUCUUCGGCUACCGCUGCCGCGCCAACAACAGCGAGGGCGCGGCCGAGGCGCGGGUGCUGGUCAAGGUCCGCCGGCUCCCACUCCGGACGACUCGCUCAUGUGGAGGCCGGGAAUAGAAGGGAUGAAGGAAGACUCGACCCUCGGCCGCCGCCAGACGCCAAGCCCCGUCCUGGCCUCCGUCAAGCACAAGGGUCAGCCGGGGUCAGCAAGCGCAGGGGACGUCAGCGAGGGUGACGUCAUGGGUAGGCUCCCUUCCCCCCUUUCCUGCUCCUUCCACCCCCCUCCUCCCGGUGCUGCCCCAACCGCCCGUCCUCCCAGUACUCUUUGCCCCUCGCCGGACCCCGCGCAGGAAUCCCAGAAGGCGCGGAGAGAGAGAGCGAAGGAGGACCAUCUCUUCUCAGCUGAAAACAGAGAGAAACCGGUGAGAGAACCGUGUGAAAACAGGUGUUCCACAGAAGGAUGCCAGUGAAAGCCAUGUUAAGUGACGAGGUGAUGUGACCUGAAGAGUGUAAAAAGGAGAAAGAAAUCAAUGGAAUAGUUAAAAAACCCUAACGUCUCCAGGGAGAUGGAUCUGGACUUUGUUAUCAAAGCCAAGAGUCUUUGCCCGGCUGACAGGAAUGAAAGAAGAAAAAGCAAAGAUACACUGGUAACAUUGUACAUAUGAUGAAAGAAAACACUAUGAAUAAAGUGAGUUGUUAACCUGUAAGUGCGUUUCUUCGUUAAUCUUUAC